GGGGCUGUGCCCGCCCCGCCGUGUCCUGACGGGAACCCGGGGCGGGUUGGGCGGCGGGGCUGUCGGUCAGCGCCGUCCCUCAGCGCCGCCGGGGGCAGCGUGGGCCGGCGGGCGCGAGUGGCGGCUGCUCGGCCGGCUGCAAGGACACUCCGUGUUACUGAAGGGGGGUGCUCUAUUUUUGGAGUGACUUAUGAUGUCAAGAACUGUAUCAUCCUGGAUUUUAAGCUCAGCCAGAAGCAGCAUUAUUUUACGAGGGAAAGGACGUUGGUCCUCCAUCUGUAUCCCAAAUAAAAACAAGAUCAAAUGGAAGCUUCUUUUCUCCAAAACAUGUCCCUACCCUGCUGGGAGCUGCAGCUUAGACAGAACUUUCUCCUUUCCCAAAGCAUUCCAACACACUUCCACCGAAGAAGAACAUUUUUCUUUCCAGUUGUCUCCGGCACAAAUCAACGACGUGCUCAGAGCACGUGAACUAUCCCACAGAACACUGGAUUUGAAUGGCAAGAGCGCAAAUUCCGUGCUGAGGUUUGAAAGCAACCAGCUGGCCUCCAACAGCCCCAUGGAGGACCGGCGGAGUGCAGCCACGUGCCUACAGACGGCGGGGAUGAUGUUUGGGGUGUUCGACGGCCAUGCAGGUGCCGCCUGCGCCCAGGCCGUGAGCGAGAGGCUGCUGCACUACAUCGCCGUGUCCCUCAUGCCCCGCCAGAGCCUGGAGGAGAUCGAGCUGGCUGUGGAGGCCAUGAAACCAGUGCGGCCCAUCCUGCAGUGGCACAGGCAUCCCAGCGAUGGGGAGUACCAGGAAAUCACCUCGCAGUACUUCGAGAACCUCCACGUUUACUGGCAGCACUUGCUGGACCUGGACACUGAGCUGGGGUUUAGUUUGGAAGAAGCCAUGAUUUGUGCAUUCAAAAGGUUAGACUCAGACAUAUCACUGGAUGUUCAGGCUCCUCAGGAAAAUGAGUUGAUGAGAAAUAUUGCCCUGCAAGUAGCUUUUUCUGGUGCAACAGCCUGUGUAGCUCGCAUUGACAGUGUUCACCUACAUGUGGCAAACACUGGUGAUUGCAGAGCAGUUUUAGGGGUCCGUGAGGAAGAUGGAACGUGGUCUACUCUCCCUCUAACCCAAGACCACAAUGCCUAUGAUGAAUUUGAAAUUAGAAGAUUGAAGAGAGAACAUCCUAGAUCUGAGGAGAAAACCCUAUUUGUGAAUGACAGAUUACUGGGGAUUCUUAUGCCCUCCAGAGCUUUUGAAGAUGUCCAAUUAAAAUGGAGCAAAGAAUUGCAACACAGCAUUCUUGAGAACAGCUGUGAUGUUGAGGCUCUAAACAUUUAUCAGUACGUUCCUCCAAACUACCAUACACCCCCUUAUUUAACUGCAGAGCCUGAAGUCACAUACCACAAGUUAAGAAGCAAGGAUAAGUUUCUCGUUAUUGCUUCGGAUGGGCUGUGGGAGAUACUGAGUAAUGAGAAGGUUGUAAAACUUGUUGCUGGCCACCUUACAGAGCUCAACAUGCAGAAAUCACCACUGACUUUUAAGAAACCAGUUAAUUUGGGUUACAUGCACAACUUGUUGCUGCAGAGGAAGAGCAAAGGCCUGGCCUCCCUGGACCAGAACAUCGCCACCCAUCUGAUCCGGCACGCCAUCGGCGGCAACGAGUACGGCGAGGUGGACCCAGAGAAGCUGGCUGCCAUGCUGAGCCUGCCCGAGGACCUGGCCAGGAUGUACAGGGACGACAUCACAGUCACCGUGGUGUACUUCAACUCAGAAACCAUUGAAGAUUACUACAGGAACCACAAGUAGGGCUGUGCACUGCUGCAGUUCAGUACCACCAGGGAACGUCGGAACUGAACCUGUCCUCUCACUCCCUGGUACUCCAGCUGCUACCAGUGUCUGCAAGUUCCUAAAUUGUUUUGUUACUUACUGGCUUUGAAAAUAACUUUCUAAAAGGUGAAAUUUCCCUGGGUUUCCAGGUUUGUAUACACUGAAGAAAAGUGUUUUCAUAAAACCUCACUGAAAUGUGACUGAACUAAAGAUUGUGGACCAGCUGUGAUUCCAUGAGGACCUCCAGUAAAACUUUCCAAUGAACAAACAAGGCAGAUUUCACUGAGACUGGUACAAUUUAAUAGAGAUGGAUUAGAGGUGUAGCUGCAUGGAGUGUCAGGCUCUGCUCUUGUGGAGAACGAGUAGCAUCCUGUUGAAGCACUGUAACUGAAUUAAAUAAAUUAACUACCAAACCUUUCUUGGGUGUGUCAGAUAUUUUAACAAAUUGCCCCAUAUUUAUUAAACAGCAUGAAAGAGGGCUGUUUGAAGAGGCCUGGGUUUGUCAGAUGUCUUUCCUGACUCUCUUCUUUAAGCAAGGGAAAAUUUUUAUCUUGUGCACUUCUUUUCUGCACAAGAAACUAGGAAUUCAUAUUCUCUUAACUUUGUGUGGACUUGUGUGACAGCUUAGAGUUCAAACAUGUGAGAGUCUUCACAAUUCCCUGUUCAGGAUUUAACAGUACUAGACUUAAGCAUUUGAGUGUUUCAUUUAAACAAUGUACCCUUUCUUAAGUAUUGAUCUAUGAAGUGCUGUGCAUCAAAUCUACCAACUGUAAUUUAAAUUGUUGGUCAGAUCUAGAAGUUCAAAAAUUCACCUAAAAGUAAAUACGGCAAAAGAGAGCACCUUUCUCUCCAGAUUUAACUUCCAGAAGAACUAACAGUGCUGAUACUUUUCCAAAAUAGGUUUAGUCUUUCAUUCUUGCUUUUUCUUAUAGGUACAGAGUUAUUUUCCCUAAUAAAGGUAUGUUUUAGUCUCUGAACAUACACAAAAGUGUAUUUUACAAUUUUUACAUAUUAUUUAUUUUUUUUUUUUUGGAAACUUUGUGUUUUAACAGUUACCUGUAUUAAUCUGAAUCAAUGGUAAGUCUCAUUUAGGCAUGAAUUCCCUCACAGGAAGCCUUGCUGUUCAUUUUUUAUGACAUUCUUAGGGUAAUUUAUGGAUGCUCUCAUGGUUAAGUUACAUCAGCUGAAGGAGAACUAGUAUGAUGAGUCACAGGAAGGGCACAAGUCCGUAUCUCUAACAUUUUACCUUAAGAUAAAGCAGUCUUAAAGCUCAGCUUGAAUUUAGUUUGACAACUUGGAUAAAAAUAAUGUUCAAAGGUGGGUUAUGGGCUGCUUUGGGAUUUGUUUGGUUUUCUGUGGGUUUUUGUUUUGUUGGGGAUUUUUAAAUAAGGAAACAUCGGCUUGAUUACAAAAUCCAUUCAAAAACCCAGAGUACCAGCAGCAUUCUCAUGACCUACUGAUGGAGCAGGCUGAGGAAGUAGAGCCUGGGGUAACUGAGGGCUGUAGUCAUGGAUUACCAUAAACCUGCCUGCCUGUACUUCACAGCAGUGAGGCAGAGAGAACAGAAGCGCUGCAGAACACUGAGGAGGCUUAGCAGGAGAAUAAACAAGGGAAAUGAGCAGAGUUAC